ACUCACUUGACCACAAAUUUUUCACUGCUGAUAGAGAUUUGCGAUUGAUCACCUGUGCUGUUGCGCUCUGCUCGCUGCUUACGCUUGCUUCUGCAGUCUCUCUGCGCAGACGUUGGUUGGCUGCUGCCAGGAUAUCCACCCCUCCUCUUGCGCUCGCUUGCUCACUAUCGACAAUUGCUUUGCUUUGUCAUUGCUUGCCAUCACUGCUGUCAUAUUAUCUCGUGUACUGCAUGCUGCUUCUUUGUCAUUGCUUGCUUAUCGGAAACCCUCCUUGGUUCCACUAACCCUUGCAAGCGCAGAUCAGGCAUGGCGUGCAAGACGCCUGUCAAGACGCCUUUGGGCCAGGCGUGCAGGGAGAGGCGCGCGGCCAACUGCCAGGAGUACCAGUCCCCACGACCAGUGGCACUGUUCCGGUCAGCAAAGAAGAGCACCCCCUGCAAGACGCCCUCCAGAAUCAGGAGCCCUGGAAAGGGCGACCGCUUCAUCCCCAGCCGCCGCGCCAUGGACCUCGACGUCGCGCACUUCACGCUCAUGCAAGAGUCUGCCAAGGAGAACGCCGGCAGCCACGCCUCCGACUGCCUCUCCCCCACCAAGGAGGAGUACAAGCGCCAGCUGGCGGGGUCCCUCCUCCGCACCGACGAGAGCGAGCAGUGCCGGAUCCUGGCGUUCAAGCACAAGGCGCCGGCGCCCCCCGAGGGCCACGUGAACCCGAUGCGCGUGCUCUACUCCCAGAACAUGGACCCUGCGGUGCGGCCAGCGAAGAAGGCCUUCCGGCACAUCCCUUCGGCUCCUGAGCGCAUCCUGGAUGCCCCCGAGCUCGUCGACGACUACUACCUGAACCUGCUGGACUGGUCUGCGCGCAACACCCUUGCCAUCGCCCUCGGGAGCACCGUCUACCUGUGGAACGCCGCCAGCGGAACCAUUCAGGAGCUCAUGGAAGCCGGCAACGAGGGCGGGGAGGAUUACGUGACGAGCGUCGCGUGGGCAGGCGACGGGAAGCACCUCGCAGUGGGGCUCGGGAGCAGCGAGGUGCAGCUGUGGGACUGCGAGGCCAACAAACAGAUCCGCUCCCUGCGUGGCCACUCUGCACGCGUGGGCGCCCUCUCCUGGUCCGGCCCCACUCUCAGCUCGGGCGGCCGCGACAGCCUCAUCCUCAACCAUGACGUCAGGCUGCGCGAGCACAUCACCGCACGCAUGACCGGCGCGCACGAGCAGGAGAUCUGCGGCCUCAAGUGGUCCCCCUCGGGCGCGCAACUCGCGAGCGGCGGCAACGACAAUUUGCUGCACGUAUGGGACGCGGCCCAGUCCGCGGCGCCGCUGCACCGCAUUGAUCAGCACCAGGCCGCCGUCAAAGCCCUCGCGUGGUGCCCCUUCCAGGCCAACCUGCUCGCGUCGGGCGGAGGAACGGCGGACCGGUGCAUCAAGUUCUGGAAUACGAACACGGGGGCUUGCGUCAACAGCAUCGACACGCACAGCCAGGUGUGUGCGCUGCAGUGGUCCCCCACUGAGCGCGAGCUGCUGUCGAGCCACGGGUUCAGCCAGAACCAGCUGUGCCUCUGGAAAUACCCCUCCAUGGCCAAGGUCGCAGAGCUCACCGGCCACACCGCGCGCGUCCUCCACCUCGCGCUCUCGCCUGACGGCACCACCGUCGCCUCCGCAGCUGCCGACGAGACUCUGCGCUUCUGGAAAGUCUUCGGCGGCAACGACGCCGCUUCAGUCCCCGCCGGGACACGUGGCAAAGCGGCGGCUAAGGCACAGGACAGCAGGAGCGGCCUCCGGAGCAUCAACAUCCGAUGACCACCCUCUUCUAAACCCCCUCCCCAAAUUCUUCCGAAACCUUCUUCUAAACCCCCUCCCGAAACCCUUUCGAAACCCUCUCUUGAAGCCUCUGCGAAACCCACUCUCAAACCCUCUCCAGAAUUGUCCUCCAGCUCCUCUCCCAGAGCCUCGCUACAAAGCUCUCCCGAGUCCUUCGAGGACCCCCCACUGUUCCCCUCCGCCUCUCGGCGCCAAACCCAAAGUCCUGGAUUAUCAUUCCGCAAGUCCCUUAUUCUCUUUCCCUUGAAAGCGCGCAAUCACCCAGGGUUUUCUGCAGCGGCAGCAACCCUCUCCAACCCCCUUUCUCAAAGGUCCUGGACCCUCUCAAACAAACAUGGGAUGC